CACGAAAUUUAUACUGCGGCCUGCCGGUCGAGCGCCGCGCGGACCGGAUCGCCUUUGGGCGGCUGCCGCGAGCACGUGGGAGCCGUGCGCACGCAGCAACGUCCGGGCAGAGAAGCCCAGACAAAGCAGCCCGGACCAAGCAGCCCGGACAAAGCAGCCAGACACGGGCAGCCGAGGCGAGGCGGCAGCCACCAUGCCUCCGAAGGGCGACGAGGACUUCGUGCCCAAGAAGAAGGAGGGCGAAUGUGUGAAAGUCGUCGUGCGCGUAAGACCGCUCUCCAGGAAGGAGAUCCAGGACGGCCACGACGAAGCUACAAAAGCUGAUGAGGAUAGCGGUAGAAUAACCUGCCAGAACCCGAAGGCCGAUGCGGACGAGCCGCCCAAGACCUUUACGUUCGAUGCGGUGUUUGCCCCAACAAUAACCCAGAGGAAGCUGUACGACGUCUGUUCCGCGCCGGUUGUUGCUUCCGUCUUGGAAGGAUUCAAUGGGACGAUCUUCGCCUACGGCCAGACGGGUGCCGGGAAAACGUUUACCAUGGAGGGCGUGCAAGAUCCCCCUGAAUUGAGGGGCAUCAUCCCGAACGCGUUUCAACAAAUAUUCGACCGCGUCGCGUUAGCGGCAGAAGGCGUGCAAUUUUUAGUCAGAGCCUCCUACCUCGAGAUCUACAACGAGGAGGUGCGCGACCUGCUGGCCAAGGACCCGAAGAACCGGCUCGACCUCAAGGAGAACGUCGACUCAGGCGUCUACGUCAAGGACCUGACGUCGUUCAUCGUCCGAUCGCGGCGUCCCGUGCGGUGCCUUCGACUCGUCUGCAGGAAUGAUGGCCGUGGGUGGUUUUAUUUUCGAGUUCCGCGCAGGUGAAGUCCUCGCACGAAAUUGAUCAAGUGAUGCAGGCGGGCAAGAAGAACCGGAGCGUGGGCGCGACGGCGAUGAAUGCUGGCUCUUCCAGAUCACAUGCCAUUUUUACGAUCAUCGUCGAGUGCUGCGAUUCGACGGGUACGGUCCGAACUGGCGAGCACAUUACCGUCGGGAAGCUGAAUCUGGUCGAUCUCGCCGGUAGUGAACGACAGUCGAAGACGCAGGCUACCGGUGAUCGGCUCAAGGAGGCCACGAAGAUCAAUUUGUCGCUGUCUGCGCUGGGGAACGUCAUCAGUGCUCUAGUCGACGGCAAGUCGCAGCACAUUCCCUACCGCGACUCGAAACUCACAAGAUUGCUCCAGGACUCGCUGGGCGGGAACACGAAGACCGUCAUGUGCGCGAACUGCGGCCCCGCGGGCUACAACUACGACGAGACCGUGUCGACGCUGCGCUACGCUAAUAGAGCCAAGAACAUCAAGAACAAGCCCAAGAUCAACGAGGACCCGAAGGACGCCAUGCUCCGCGAGUUCCAGGACGAGAUCGCCCGCCUCAAGGCGCAGCUCCAAGGGAAGGGGACGUACGACGAGAACGGCGAGUGGCAGGGUGCGGACUCGGCGUCCCGUCACGCCAUCGACGCGACUCGCCUCUAGGGUUUCUUUGUCGAUCUUGGGCCGCUUCGGACCACGCGAGCGUCUUCCGCGCCCCGCAGGCGAGCAGAAGGAGUACAAGGAGGUGGAAAAGAUCGUCCACAAGGAGGUCAUCAAGGAGGUGACCGUGGGCGUGUCCGAGGAGGAGCUGUCGAAGGUCCGCGGCCGUGUGGAAAUCGACCGGUGAGCGUCGCGGAAGCUCACUCGCGCCGAUGGCGUGGAAGCGCAACGCCAUCGAGCAGACGCAGUCACGGGGACAACGUCGCGUCGAUGGCGUGGAAUCUACACGCCAUCGAGCAGACGCAGGAAUGGGGGCAAUCUCGCGUCGAUGGCGUGGAAUCUACACGCCAUCGAGCACAUGCAGUCACGGGGACAACAUCGCCGCGCAGGUCCACGCCGAGGCGGAGCGGAAGAAGGAGGAGAUCCGUGAGCGGGCCGAGCGCCAGCUCGCCGCCGAGUUGGAGCGCCAGGCCGCGACGGAAGAGGAGCGCGAGCGCCUCCGGGCCGACCUCGUCCGCCAAGAGACGGAGCGCAAGAACGCGUCGCAGCGGAAACGCCAACUAGCGGCCAAACUGAAAGGCAUGGAGAACAAGUUGUUGAAAGGAGGGCAAUUGUUGGACAAAGCCGCCACCCAGGAAGCCGAGCUGCGGAAGGCCAAGCAGGAGCUCACGCGCAAGCAAGAAGCCGAGAGGAGGAUGGCGAACGAGAUGCGCGCGCCCGUGUCCUUCGCGAGCCUCCACGCCAUCGAGCCGGCGACAACGUCGAUGGCGUGGAACCUGUGAGCCUCCACGCCAUCGAGCAGAUGCAGUUGCGGGGACGACGUCGCGUCGGUGGCGGAGAACCUCCACUCCAUCGAGCAGACACAACCACGGUCAUCGACGCGUCGACGCCAUCGAGCAGAUGCACAUGUGAUUCCCACGCAGGCGGGACCAGGAGUCCAAGAAGGCCGAGGCCGAAGAAAAAUUCGGGUCCAUCGAGGAGGAAGUGGAAAAGAAGACGCGGAAGCUCGAGAAACUCAUAAGAAAAGUCUCCGAGGCGGAGCGGGAAGUGUCCGAUCUCAGUUCCGAAUUUCAAAGAGAGCGCGAGGAGAUGUUGGACACUAUUAGACAGUUAGCGAGACAAAUAAAACUGAAGGAUUGUAUCUUGGAGGGCUUUGCUCCAUCGCACAAAGUGAAACAGCUCGAAGCACGAGCCGAGUGGAAUGAUGACACUUGGCGGCUGAAGCCCCUCGAAAACACAUUGAUAAGGAGGCCGCACUCCACCAAAGGCUUGCGGCGGCCCGAGACGGAGUAUGCACGCCAUAGAGCGCAGUACGACCCCGAUACUCGUUAUAAAGCCGAGAACAUCGUGUUGCUGGAUCUCGAGAACGUGGAACGGACGACGCAGGACUACGCGGGGCCGGACAUGCGGAGCCACUGUCAGGUUAUUCUGGAGACGUCUCUCGAUCAAGAGGAUGUGUAUGUCGAGGGCGCGGGGCCGCGCGUCGACGUCGUCGACGAGGAGCCCGUCGUGCGGCCGCGGACGGGCCGAAGGCGGGCGCGGCGCUAGGGCGGUUCGGGGUGGGCGUAAACCUGAUGGGGUCCCGGAGGAGCGGGUACUAUGCGCGUCCGACGCCUGAGGGGUCUAAGUAGUCAGUCGGUUCGUAGUCGGUGUAGUCUGAGACCGGAAAUCGACGUAUCUCUCCGAGCUGGAUCAAUCCCCAGAGUUCCUAGGAAGUAUCCAUACCCGCAAACUUUCGGUACUUUCGGCGAUACCACGCCCGGAAAAGUAUCCGAGGCUCCACUUACUGGUCUUUUGACCUAGUCAUGGCCUGGGAACGGCCCCAGGAUGUACUGGGCAGCGUGGGAAGGCCCCAAAACCACGUAUAGUACCCCCGGGCUGCCCCGGCCCCCUGGCUGAUUCAGAAGUAGUCGGACCCCGGAUUUCGACCACUAUCUCAGGCCACCCGAAGCUCUUGAACUCGCCGAAUCGUGAGACCUCACUGAUUGAUCUGCGCACAGGCCGAUGCCGACGCCGCAGCCGACGCCG